GAAACACACUAGAAAACUGAAGAAAAGCACAUGAUGAAUGUGAAGACUAGGUAGGGACUGCUCUGUUGUUGUAGUACUCGACUAAGAUGAUCGAAGUAGGCUACAUCUCCAAAAAAUGCUUUCCCUGGUAGUUGAUCUUGAUAAGUGCAUCAAGUUCAUCAAGAAUUAUCCACCAUGUUGCAUUUAUCGCCCGGCGAUCGGCCUCGGUUGCCAUCGAGGCGUGCAUCGGUAUCCUCGCAGCAUGGACGCUACGCGCACAAGUCGUCGCUAUUUGCUACUCAAGUGGCCGACUCGACGCAAGCUGUACAUGAUGAUGCAGGAGAGGUACUACAGUUUUUUGUGGGCUGUCAGCCGGACGACUGAUCGCAACGUAGUGCCUGACCGCACCGUGUUACAGUAUUGUGGAUAGUUGUCGUGGCCAGUUCACAAUGAAACUUGAUACUCAGAGAAUAUCAAGCUAUUCGAAAACUCAAAAUAACCGAGUUACUGAAUGAAAUAAGGCAGGUAGCUAGCUUUGACACGGCUACUCUUCCUUCUCAUCAGUAUCUCGGUUAUUCUGAUCAGUUACUUGCUUAUUUCAGUUUUUCGAAUACAUGGAAGUAGAUGAAGUAGCUGUAUGAUCGUAGCCCCUCCUCAUCCCUUGUCCUUACUUCCAGCCGCUCUCGACUCCUGCAGAAGAAGAUGACUUGGUGACGCUUCGACACCGCGGACUGAGCAGCAGUUCGGGCAUGACCACUCCUCGUUCGGUACAGUUAAGGCUAGCAGCUACAACGAGUAUGCAAGAAGAAACUACUUUUUCACCCAGAAGAGGCUAGACUUUUUUAGUUCACAAGAACGAAGGCUGAGACAGUGCCCUUUGCUACAUUCUUUACUACAUCACGACUUCAAGAAUUAUAGGGUUACUAGUUGCUGUCAUUCUAUUUUUCGGCUCAGAGUGGAUAUAAGUAAGUACUCUGCUGUUCGUCCGUCCAUCCCGUAGUUACUAUUCAGGAGGUACUAGUGGCAAAAUAACGACUUAGGCCACAGAAAUAAUGCUUGAUAGGGUUCUUCUAACUUUUGGAAUUUCUGCGACAAGCGCCGCGCAGCUUCGUCCUCCGACAGUACAACAAGGAAGAUCUUCAUCUGGGGUGCCGCCGCUCCAAUUGUACAGCGAAGUAAUGCCCCUAAAAGACGACGGAGGCGAUGGAAGCGUGCUAGUAAACAAUGUAGCAGGUGGGUCUACUGCACAGUUAAGAAAGUGGUUUGAUUCUCCUCGGGAAGUUAUUAUGAUUUUUCAUUUAGAACUAGUGAAAAUGAUUUUCCCUAGUUCUACUUAGUUCGACUAUGAGAGAGUGUGAGUGAUCCCCUUCCCCUCUUUCGUUCUUGUACUAGAAAGUCAAUUUCAUUAGAGAUGCAACGUGAGAUGCACGUCGUAGAAAUUACUUUCCAUUCAUGGAAUGGGAAGGACGGGACGCCCUCUAAUGCAUCAGCAGAGCAGGACAAGGAGCACGCGCGAUAUUGUGACUGCUAUGAUGGCCUCAAGGCAGAGCACGAGUGGCUCAGGACCAAGAGGAGUCGUAGCAGACGAUAAAACUGCAGGCACAAACACCCUAUCUUCAACUGAAGUUCUUUCAGGAGAAGACAACAAGCAGCAAGGCCUUCAGCAAGCACCAAGUAGCUCGGGUGCGCCUUCAGUAGUGAACUCAGUCGCUUCUCCAGGACCGAAGGCUGUUGCUUUAAGGUUGUCGAUAUUAUACGUCGCUUUCGUUGUACAGGGUGUGGUUAAUCCAUAACUUCUGUGCAAUAAUAUUGUCCGUAGAUUUGUGGCCGAAUGUACGGCUUUAUGCGCCUCCAGUAUGUAACUUGGAUGAUCUUAGUUGAACAUGUUAAUUAAUUGAUUGAAAGGGCGGUGGCAUAUAGUCCUAACGCAAAAAAAAAAGGAGGUAGUCUUAUAGGAACUGCGACAGGGAGAGGGACACACACAUGACAUGUCUUGUUGUAUUCAGUAUUCUGAAACUGCUCUGGUCUUGUAUAUAGCAGGAACUUGUUUUGAAAUAUCCCCUUUCUCAGAGGUGUGUUGCAAAUCUAGACUGGCUUCUUCCUUUUCAUAAGGUUGGGGCUUUGGUCCAGCGGCGCUCGAAGCACUAAGAUAAAACAGCCGGUUAGUUUUUACCUCUAGAGGCUCAGCCCUUCCAACAAUAUAUAAUAUCCUUCAUCAUGAACACUAGACACAAGGUCGUUAGUAGUUUUGUUCAGCUUUUCUUCAGCUGAACUUGACCGUCAUCGCCUUCAAGAAUAACAGGGUUAUAGUAGCUUUAAGGCUGUCGAUAUUAUACGUCGCUUUUCGUUGUAUCAGGAUGCAUCCGCUAUCUAAGUAGGAACAAGCCUCGGCGGUUUACAGAGCAGCGAGACCGGUCUACGAUGCUAGGCGCAGUGCCGCUGACGAGCAGUCCCCUUCCGCGUCGAGUUUUUCGCAGCAGUGUUCUGUCCGUGGAAGCACAAAAGCGCUUAGAAGAAGCCAAUAUUAAGUGUAGUUUAUCACUAUCCCAUGUGGACUAUGCUGAGUGGAGUCCUCCUUGGUUUAAAGGGGAGACUAAGGGGCAAUGGGGGCAACCCACUUGACUCGAGAUAGUGAAAACUACCUUUAAGAAUAGUAUACUACCCCCAGGGACGACGACAAAAGGGCAACUGAGUGGAAGGUCGUCGACGUCGCAGCGCCUAAGCGCGAGCAUGGCGACGACGAAGGCAGCUGCGCAGCUGAUGAAAAUGGCACGGAGACACGAAAUAGAGCACGAGGUAGCGAGGACAAGGGGAGGAGGCACAAGUAUAAGUAUUGGGGCUGAAGACGAUCAUGAUUUAGAAGACGACCAUGAUUUAGAACUUAUCUUGUGCUAUAUUAUAGUUUUUUCACGUUCUUCAUUGUUCUAAGGUUAUUAGGAAAAUAUCCUCAGGACGCAUAAGGUGGAAUUAUGGAUUGAAGUGUGAUGGCUGGAAUUCUAAUGUUAUUAACAAGGUAUUAGGUUGUCUUGUUCAACUUCAAAGUAAAGUGUCUUCGGAUUUUGCUUUGUUGUUGUAUAUUUUAUUUGUUGUAGGUCUACUGGUUUACUAUCUAAUUCAAGGAGAGAUUUUUUCUUGAUCCUGGUUUCUCAUUCUAGUACGGUAAGGCUAUGAGGCUCGCCGACUAGACGAUGACUUAUUGUGAGCGCUAAUAGCAGAGUGAGGAGUGUAUCUGCGCAGCUUAUGCGGUCUAGCAAAGGGCCUGGAGGUGGAGGCAGCAUUUCUAGCGGCGUUUCUAGUGCGCGUGGCGCAACGACCUCUGUGAUUAAGGACACCUUCGUGAUCCCAUCUUUCAUCACUCCCCAUCGUUUAUUCUACCUGAAAAACGUCGGAGAGAUAUUGAUAUUGAUGCUCAUUUUCUUUCUAAGAAGUACUUACUUUCUACUUGAUGAGGACCUCCUCAUCUGAAUAACGAUGCUGUUCUAGUUAGAUGGAGAUGGCUCCUACUUCGUGGUACUCGCGCUAUCAACCUCUUAGCACUAGCAACCUCUUAGCACUACUGCGAUUUGGUACACUACUACUACUACUACUAGCAGCUGCCUCUUCAUCUUCUAAUGUAGUGAACAUUAAGCGUUCUUCAGCGCCUACCAUGGCAGCGGAUCUGCAUCCUGAACUUCGUGGGGAAAUCCCUCUACCCGGGUUGCACGGAUACAUGAGUGUGCGCGCUGCUGCAAACCAUGCUCACAUCUUGCGGGUAAGCGCCACGCGAGCGAGGUUAAGGCUGGGCCACUAGUGCACUGUAGUAAACAUGUGCUUGAUGAUUCAGUUCACUGUAGUAAACAAGUCACGUCGACCUUGGUGCUUCUGCUGACUUUAUUCAAGUCGCCCAUCAUCCUCGGAGUUGAGCUAGGAGCUCGGGGGACUCACUGCGAAGAAUCCCGGACCUAACCUAGCCUAAAUAGGAUUGACGUGUGGAUGAGAGUGUUUAGUCGUCAGAUGAAGUGGAUUUGGAUCAUAGUUGAUUAAAUUUGUCAAUGGUCGUGUGGGCGUUUAAAUAAAUUGUGGGGAGGCGGGCGGGAGCUGAUCGUGAAGGAUCCGCAACCUGCUAAUCUAACUAUACAUGGUAGUCCAGAGAGAAGAUUCAGUGCGCUGCUUUUACAGGUACGCUCACACGAGGUCGUCGACUACGCAUCUCUCUGAUGAAGUCUUUGUCUUAGUAAACUACGCAUCUUUCUAAGUAGAUCUUCGAAAAACCAAACAUUGCAACCGUUUCAAGCGCAACGUCGUUCCGUGCCCUACACGGCGCGACCGGAUGUGAAGCUUGUGGACAAGCCGAGUUCCACGUCAGAUUAUGGAGUCCAAGAAACAAGUAGGAUGAAGAUAACUCUCAAGUGGGAAGAUGACCUAUAAAUUUGCACCUUCACGUUUUCUUUUUUGGUUCUUUCCUAGUUAGGUUGGCUCCACUACUACUAGGACAGGAUAGGAUAGGAUAGGAUGCCUCGGCUUCGUAGUCAAUCGUGAUGACAACACCGCUCCGGCAGAUCGCCCCAAGGAGGGCGUUUUUGGGAAGGGUUUUACCGCCCGUGUAGGACUACUAUCAAGGAGGAUGCCACUCAAACUUUUUAUCCGUAGUUUAUUUGAUUCUUCUUGAAAGGAAUUCGUUUCAGAAGAGGAAAGCCGGUUGUUCCGCGGUAGCUCUAAGGAUAGCCGACUAGGCGCGACCGAGUUGAGUUGCAGGCAGCGCCAAGGCGGGUUUCUGAAGUCGCUGUUGACGUGGACGAGCAACCUAGGACUUUGGUGGUAGAGCAACGGGAAUGGGCGGCCCGUCAAAUCCAGGCAGCCGUGUUGAGGAGACUGGCUCGCAAACUGGACUCGCAAUGGGACAAAGAGAAGCAAAGAGUACAAAUGUUACGGUGGGUCGUUGUAGAUGAGUUCUUGGGUUUUUAUUUUCUCCUCGUACCAAUGUGGUGGGAAGGAGCGAGUGAAUAUACUUAACUUUCAUCAUGCCGUCUCACCUACUUCUAGCUGGCUCUGUCUUGUAUUGUCGCGAUUCACUUUCAUGUCGUCACACCUAAUAGUUGGCUUUUGCUUCUAGUAGUAGUUCUGCUUUGGUUCAUGAUCCCGCUCAUCUUCCCAGAAGUUGCAAAUGCAGCUCGUUAUUUGUGAAUAAAAUGGAAAGGCAUUCGCGUAAUACUGCUCUAAGACGGAAAGAUACGCAGAUGUUGACGCAGUUGCAGAAUAUGUCUGCUGAGAUGGCCGCGCUGUCAUUAAGGCUACCGCGGAAAGCUACCAUAUUCACGACUACCAUCCUGACUGUGACUCUUUUUCAAGGGAAAAGAGGGGGCUUCUAUGACUCUCAAAGAGAGAGUCGCACGACUUUCAAAGAGGAUCAUAUCACUCUCAAAAAUGGGGGAUCAUAUGACUGUCUCCAGGAAGAUUGUCGCCAUAAUCAGAAAUCCCCAAGGAAGAUUGUCUGAAAGGAAGAUUGUGCCCAAGGAAGACUGUCUAAUGUCAGAGCAGUCGAAGCAUUCGAGGCGUAAGUUUUUCGCUUCUUUAGCCGAAAACAUGGAAAUUGCAUUAGAGGACAUCAAAAAUCGUUCAAAGUUUAAGGCUUACCGUAAUAAUUCACCCUAGUCUUCCCAUGACGACACUGCUAUGGUUCGAGUCCUCGGCUAAUAGAGUAAUCUGCUCCAAACACAUACUUCUUAGAUGAAGUAAGGAAAUUUCGAUCCUUUUCAAGAAAAGUAAGCGCAUUUCUUUGCCCGCUUUUGCUCUUUUAAGGGGUUAAAUGAAAAUGAGUUAUAAUGUAGAUGCUUCAGCAGGUUUUCAUUUUCUUCAAGGUCGUCCACAGUCGUUCUCCGCAGUAGGUAAGCAAGUCUUGGUCUAAAAAGUCUGCAGCUUGUUCAGGGGCUACGAGUAGAGCCGUUUCUUCGCCCGCUAUCACAGCACGCAGCCCGCGGCCCGGAGAUGAGAUACUGGGUGCAACCCAAUUGACUAAGACCAUAGAGGGCGAAUACAACAACACUAUUAACACCUACACUUAAGGGGGCACCGUCAACCCAUCUUUCACAGCAUCUUUUUUUAAGCCAGUUUCUACUUGGAAAGUGCUGCUAAAAGAUGUUCUAAAAGAUGGGCUGCCGGUACCUCUAAUACAGCAGCAACAUUCCCCGUGGCCAGAUUGGCUACGCGACUUCUACUUCUUCACUUACUACAGCUAGUAAAGGAGUUGGAAUUCAUGACUCCGUGAGUAGACCUCCUAACUUUGAGGGUUUCCACAUUGCAUCCUGCACGAACAUCCCUGACUCUUUUCCCAGUAAGAAAGAAGUCAGGGAUCAUGUUCUGAAGAAUGCAAUGUCGCAACCUCUAAUAACUACAACGCUGCUGGUCCGUCUUCGUCUACUGCUGUUGCUGUCAGUGUAGGGAUACGCAAUAAUGUAGGAGCAGGCUAUCUCUCUGGAGCACUUCAAGAAGCUUCUUGUAGAAGCAACGGAGGUAAGCAGCACGAUUAUGCUUUUACUAGGGCUUGAUAUAGACAUAAUUCCUUGCUACAAGUUCAAGUUCUUUUUCUUCGUUUCCUUCUUAGGACGUCACUCCGAGAAAAUGAACCCAACAACUUGCAAGGUGGAAGUAAGCAUACUUACACUUAUUUGAAGAGCUCUAAUUCUUGCACUACUAGUACAACUGGAGGCCCAACAAGGAUUGUGGAGAAUCUAGCGGAGUCAAUCAGUUCCUUGCGCGAAAGACUCCAUGCUGGACGGGAAAGGCAGGCUUCGCCUUUUGGCGGCAGUGUCUCGGAUCUCAAGGGUUAAGGACUGGAAGUUGGAUCUAAAUGACCUUUUCAAAAGAUGACAUGACCGAUAUUAUCGUUCAACUUACAACCCCUAAAAGAGCUGGUGGUCGGAGCGACGGAAGCUGCAGCGAGCGCAAGACCGGGAGCAGGACGUUUUGAGAGAUUUGCGCAACCAAGUCGCCGAUCUGCGUUCCGCGAGCCCUAGUUCUGGUAGGGUGUCGCCAUUAGCAAGCACUAAUAUGGGAAGUUUCCGCGAACAACCAUUGCACUCGGUGCAGCAGCGACUCGGAGGAAGCAGAUCAGGAGACAUGAGAUCUGGGUCGUCUAGCUCCUUCACCUCUGCCCAAGCUGCCAACGCUGAGCAGAUCAACGCUCAACACAUUAGUAGGGAGGUCACCACGUCUCCUACUGCAAAGAAUCACGUGGUAGUUUCGAACGUUGCAUCUUCAAUCAGGGACGUUCUUGCCACACACGCUGAGUCUUCAAUCAGGGACGUUCUUCGCGCACACGCUGAAUCUUCAAUCAGAGACGCCGUGAUCAUAGGUGGAAUUGGAAAUAACCAGGAGCAGCCGGCGUCGCCGGGGCCUCUGAAUUCGCCUAACAUAGUCUUUGGUGCACCUUCUGCGCCUUCUAGUCCGCUAAGAGUUCUCGGAACCAAAGGUAAGACGAGUCUUCAUAAGCCGAGUCUUCAUCAGGACAAACGCGCUGAAGACAAAGAAGAUAACAACAAGACGCUUUCUUUUCAGAUGAAUAACUUUCGCUUUACUAAUGAUGAUGGAGGAGACUCGAGGCUACCCUCUUUUCCUGAUCAGUCCUUUCUUGUUAAGGGUUGGAAGUUGACCUCUCCAUGAGCAUCUCUAAAGUCCAUAGAUGAUAUGCGAGCUAGAGAGCGAGGUCAACUCUCAACCCCUAAGAACUUUGGAAAUCUACUCACGCGAAGAGAGGAGUCGCCGAUUGGAGACUUGUUGCGGAGACGGCGUAUGGAGGCUGUCUCUUCGCCUCAAGCAGGUUCGUCGGCAGCUUUUUCUAGUAGUACAAUGUAUGAUGCCACUCAUUGUGAGAACGAAGGUAUGGAAAUGUCGUUCCUAAGUAAGAAGGCAAUGGGGGACCGACGUUCCCAUUUAUCGACACUCUCAAUGAGUGGAAGCAUUCAUACAAGUGGGGGCAGAAGUGGAGCAGGAGAAAGGGUUCUUGUAAAUCAUGUGUCUGCGUCCUUGUCCACGGAUUUGGCUAAGAUUCGGGAGAGCAUCGAGAAGCGACGGGUGGAGCAAAUAUCUAGACGAGCGCUAGCAGCGUCAUCUUCUAGGGAAUUCGCUUCAGCACUUGAAUCUGUAGCAGGCUUUGUACAAUCUAGAAAGCAGAAUAGUGCAUUUACGCCAAUGAAAAUUGCAGGGGGUUUGUCUUCUGGUGUACCUCCAUCGGCGUCAGCAUAUCAGGAAAGGCCAAUGCCCAAUGAAAAUGCUGAUACAGCGAAAGAAGUGCCAACAUUUUCGACAGUAACGACAGCGACUGCAGGAGGGCGAGACGGAGGACCAAAAACAGGCGCUAGAUCGCGCAGUAAUGGUGAUCAGAUAGAUGGAGAGGAUAGAAAAAACGACGUCUUCGAAGAUACCCUCCCGGGUAAUUCUUCUCCUGCUGUGCGCGGUACUAGCGACUUCUCGCCUAACAUAUUUGAAAAUGGAGCAAACCCACAACUCUCACGACCGCCCGACGCGUCCCCGCUUCUGUUCGUUCCGUCGCCAGCAUCCACGCCUCGCGAUCAAGUCCAACGGUCUGGGUCCAUGUCAUCGCUGCCGCAGCUGCCAACACCGCUGCCGUCGCCUGAUGUAAACAUUAAGGCUGGAAGUCGAUGUCGAUCACUAUCUCGUUUGGACUACGACUAGUACAGAUGAAGAUUAUCUCGUCCUCGUGUGGACUACGACUAGUACAGGUGAAGAGAUAAGCAGUAGAAGGAUCGGCUAAAGUAAGUGAAGUAAAGACGUGGGUGGUUUUUCCUUUGAUGAAGUCCACUGUCCACUAUCCUCUGCUUUCGGUAGAUUCUUUUUUGAGUGUAUUCAUGUCACUCACCAUGUCGUUCUGAUCCUCCUAGAAGGCAAGACGAUGCUCAGAAGUGGGUUUCCCUUUCCUCAAGAGGCGAUAAUUGAAGGGCAAGCCUUUCAUCGACCACGGAUAAUCAUUGAUGAGGACUGCCUCUAAAAACUAAAGGACGAGUGGGACUAAGAUUAGUUUGUUGUUGAACUACGAAAGCUCGCCGACGCCGGAGCAGGAUGAGAGGAGAAUGGAACUUGGUGUGACUUCGUCGUCAGGUGAAAUGCUUGAUCUGCGAGACCCCGAAGAUAGAUCUGAUUACAAAGAAGAGCAGCAAGCUCAACUUAUAGGACAACAAGAGCAGGAACAAGAGAUCCGCACAGAUACUUCUAGUAUUAAGGGUUGAAGCAUUUCAUUUUUACAAGCCUUCUUUACUUGAGGUUGAGGUUGCUACUAAAAAGUGAAAUGUUUCAGCCGUUAAUAGUAGAGAGAGGCCUACAACUCCUGUAGCGAGAGCUACGGCUACUACUGUUGUGGAGGGUGUGGAGACAGUUGGCGCGGCUUUAGUAGAGAUAGAGCCUGCUUCUGCUGAUGCAGCUAGUACUACUCGUGUCGAGGAGAAGGCUAGUAUGAACAUUACGAGUUCUCCAUGCGUGGUCAUUGAGAAGUCCUCUGGUGCAGGGAGUAGUUCUACGACCAUGUUGCGACAAGAGGAGCAGCCAUGGUUGCAAGAUAGCCUCAAAAAGGACCAAGUGAACACGUUGAGAUCGCCUUCAUCUGCAGCCACAAUUCCAGCACAAAACUGUCCUAGAGCUUCUCUAGCUAUUGCCAGCACUGCGAUGCCAGCACACAGGACUAGUAGAGCUUCUGUCGAGAUUUCUCCGCCAAUUAGGGCUCCACCAACCGCAGAAAAUAGAAGCCCACUCCGCAGUCAGAGCGUCGUCCAUGCUGGAGAAACGGAAUCAGAGCGGACCUUGUCCCCAAGUCCCCGCCGGCUAGUGCCCAGUACGGUCCUACAACAAGGAGUAUUCUUCACUACACGACAGUCUCCUAAAAGUACAGCUACACGAUGCACAGUAGGUACAACUACAGUGGGUCGUGGCAGGACAGCUAUAGAACAGACAGGGCCGGCUUGCACUUCUAUUCGUGGACCUGCUGCCAGCGGUAGCUGUACAACGUUAGGCACUACAAGGAGUCAAGAACCUCGUGCUAAUGCCAAUACUUCAUCUAGGCUCACGCCGGCUCUUUAUCUGUCUCCACCGAGUAAAGCUGGGCCAGAAGUAUACGAUGUGCGAAGCGCGUGGCAAUCUAUGCGUGGCAACAAGGCCAAAAAAACAGACGAAAAAAGCAGACUGGUCGUUGUAAGUCCAAGUUUAAGGUCAUUUUUUUUUGAUUUUGUCUUCGUCUCAACAGAGACCCAGCAGUUAAACUUGUUUGGACUAUGUAAGCAAGAACCCACCUAUCGUCUAUUUCUUAUAUAUCGGCUAACCUUCUUCAAAAUACUACACUACUACUUCUACUUCUACGUAAACUAAUAUUGCUGUUCCUUAUAUGUCCGCUUUGUUCUAUUUAUUGACACGACAGCUCUCGUUCUAUGAGACAGGGAGGAAAGGAGAGCUUUCUAAGACUUAGCUCCUGUAGUCCUGGGACGAGACCACAGAAAGCUCCUGAGCAACAACCUCCUGGCCCUAUCCUUAAGGCUCUUGGUCGUGAUUCAAGUUAGUCAAAAAUGUCUUUAACAAAACAUCCUAGGACGAGGUGGAAGGACAGGAAUUGGUAAACACGAUAAUGGUAGAAAAGGAUAAGACUGUGUAAGAUUUGCUUCAAGCUUGACCAGGGACGGUUAGACCUGAAAUACACGAAAAGAAAUGCAAAAUAGGAGGAAAAAAGGGAGAGAAAAAGAAAAGAGAAGGAGAAAGAGGGAGAAAAAUUCUUCAUCGAUGAAACAGACCUCUUGCCAGGCACGUCAAUCAAUCAGUCAACAAUCUCUAACAUGAUAUCAGCUGCUCUAGGUGGAAGAAGUGGAGCACUACUUAGUAGUGACGCUGGCUUGCGCGCUUCCCUACGCACAAAGAGUUUUCGGAUCGAAGCGCCGACCCUGAAAAUCUUGGACACUCGCUGGGUCAGUCCGCUUGCGAGUAAGAACACUGGGAAGUUUAUGAGUAUACAGGGAGGACUACUAGCAUGUGAUGGUGAACAAACAUGCAGAGUAAGUAAUACUUCAGCACGUAUUUUUUUUGCAGUCUCUUGCUAAUGAAUUACCACCAGCAGUUCGCUGAGAACGGCACGAUAAUAUUCAAAUUUAGGUGAGUAGCUCUUUUUUUCUCUCCUGAUAAUUAGACAAUAAGUUUUUUCAUCUCGUCUCUGUGUGGAGUAGUUUUUUUGUCAAUCGAAGGAAGACUACAAAGGUAUGUUUAAAAGUACCUAACAAGUAGUGUUUUUUUCGUCUCCACUGUGACAACUUCAUAAAUUGCGUAGCUUCCGAAGAUGGAAGAAUUGUCGCGGAAUCACCCCGUGUCGCAGCACGCGACAUUUCAAUAUUAGAGAAACAAAUGUUACAAGGAGGAAGCGCAGCCGCAAGCGCGAGAAUCCUGACCCUCAUGGGGAAUGCCUAUGAGGAAGAGGCGGAGGCUUCUUUGACGGGAGUCUCACCACUUGGGCUAGCGAUGCAGCACGAAAUGUCUGCAUUACUAGAAUUAUGAGUGACAAAAGCCGAUAGAUAGAAUUAUGAGUGACAAGAGCUGAUAGAUAGCUAGAUAGAUAGAAGAGAGCCCGUUCUUGGUUCAGUUUUGUUCAAGUUUCAGUUUGUUCACGAUUGAAGAAGACCGCUAGGCGUCGGCUUGGUCGGACGUUAAAAAUGAAGUAAGUUCCUUUCCUCUGGGUUGAUUCUGAAAAUGAAGAUCGAUUGUUCGAACUUGAGUAGCGUAAAGAAAGAGUGGGCUCGAACAAGCGAUCUUCAUCUUUUUGUUACUGUUAGAGGAGCCGAAUGACAGGUGGUGGCGGUCGAAUAGAAGAGUUCUAACACGACAAUUAGGACGCUCGAAGACGUCGAGGGCGACGCGAUGCAGGUCUCCCGUAGGUGGGCUAUCUUCUCCAAGUGGUCAUUCUAGCAGAGCACUAGUGGAGUCCAUUUCGAGUAGGAGACGAGUUCAUUAGGGGCAAUGUGGUCAGCGCGUCUUUAACUAAAUAGGAUAUCAUGCAACUACACAGUCACAGAGUAUCUAUCAUUGUUUUUCAGCUCUUCUCCUUGUUCAGGCAAGAAUUCUUCUACGUUAUUUAUUGAAAACAACCAAAUAAAGGAGAUUUUUCUAAGCUAAGAACGAAAUUGCGAGACGAGUAGAGGAAGCCAUGUCCUUGGCAGAGUUGGACGUAGACGAGGUCGGAAAAGGUUCUCAUGCUCGCUCCCCUCAAUCUUAAGGCUACCGCUCGAGCAUCCUCAGCAUCAAGAUCCUUGGGUCUACUUUUUCUACUUGAAAAACAUUCACCAAGGAUAUGGCACUCAAGGAAGAUGCCAACGCGGUAGCUCUAACUGUCUCUUCGUCUCGCUCGUGGUGGGUCUCACAACAGCAGUCCUCUAGAAGAUGGAUCGUCCAGAAGUAGAAGAAGUGUGAGUCCAAUCUUAGCGUCAAAUCUUUCUUCGCCAUUGCGAUUACUGCGCGACAAAUUUGCAACAGACAAAUUAGCGAAAAGUCUCUCGCCUAAGCGAGCGCGUUUAGCCAGGGCAUUGGAUGCAACAUCUGGAAGAGCAACAUCUAGAAGAUUUAAGAAGGGAGUACAGGUGAUCGUGACAAUCUACAAAAAGAAUACAAGUGAGUAGGCGCGUAGACCUACGAAUUUCAAGAAAUAUAGUGAGACUACUACAAAGGGAACGCAAGUGAUGGCGAUAAUGUAACUACUUGCCUCCUCAUCCUGUUGUAGACAGGAAGCUUUUUCAUAUCAUCCGUGAAGUAGGUUUUUGACUAUCUAAAGUUAAGAAGGUUAUCAGGGAAUACAAGAAUAAAAAAGCUGAAGACAAUGACAUAUUUCGAGCUUUUACAGCAAGUAGACUUCAACUCUAGUACUAAUACGAGCAGACAGAAUGAGGGCGCAGCUUCGUGGGGGUCUUCCAGUACAGCUUCGCCGCUCCGACAGCAAUUGAAACUGAUGAUGCAGGAUGUGCACGAUCAUGCCAGUGGUGCUCCACAGAGAAGCGAGAGCCCUCUUACGUUUAAGAGACAUACUGCACAUCAGCAGAAGUAGGCAUAGGCUUUUCAUCUCCUUUAAUACUUGAUAUUCGAAAAUGAAGGUGUUCUAAGAUGUUGGUGUUCGUGUUUUCGAAAUUUUGCAGAGUAAAUCUAUGGAUGGUUAUUUUCCGCUAGAGCAGUUGAAGAAAGUUGUUGUUGCAGACUGGUGCUAAGUUUUCCUCUCUAGGUACUUUGUUAUAUUUAUUGCUCCAACAUAUCGCGCGUGAAUUCGCCCGGGCGUCAUUUGUCGGAAGCGCAUAGACUCGCACAGGCAAGAAUGCGCUUAGACAAGGGGAAAGAGUAGAAAGCGCCUAGACAAGGGGAAAGGGUAGGAGCUCAGGGAGUGCUUUAUUGAGUUUGAGCCUUCAGGACAAGCCAGUGUUAGACUUCAUGAAAGAAAUGGAAUCAAUCCCAUUUUUCCUUAGACACUAAAGCUAACCCUGAGGUUGUUAAAUGCCUAUUAUAAUCUGUUCUUUUAGAAAGAAUAAAAGACUGUUAUAUCCACUAUCGUCUAUCAACUCCAUCAUUAUCAAUAUCUGUUCUUUUUGGAAGUACAAGGCUAUCCCAGCAACUAUUUGUGGUAGAGGUGAUAUCUAUCGAGAUUUAUGAGACCAAACACAUUUAAAGAUUCCGAGAAACGGUCUAAAGUAUAGCGUAGUACAGAAGUCUGAAAUUAGGGGAGCAGCCUGAAAUUCGUAGCAGCAGCAUGAGGCUGGAGAUGUAAUAUUUUUCAUUUGACAACAACAGCAUUAAUAUCCAUAAUCAAGUGGAGGCAAACGAGUAUGGUCGGUCUAGAGUCGUAGUGGGGUUAUAUUUUUCAACGAGAACGACGUAUGGUAAGCGCUUUUGAUAGGUGUAUAUUGUAAGUAGAACAAAUUCAUUUUAAGCACUGAUUUUUCUGCUUCAAAGCUCAUUUGACAACAACAGUAUCAUCAAAUUAUGACAACAACAGCUGAGUGCUGGCAGCUCACUAGUUGUACUGCUAGAUAUUGUGUGCAGUGUGCUGGUGGGGUUAUAUUCUUACUUCCAGUCUCAAUUUGACAAGCAACUCUAUUUCGAAUCUUUUUCUUAUCGAACAAUUCAUUCGGCAUGACAUGCACAGAAGAGUUCGUGGAAGGAGCAGGCACUUAUCAGAAUUCGAAACAAAAUGUAAUGCGACGAAUGACCACGACCAGAAAGUCAAAUGAUAAUUUGAGACGCCAUGAUGAUGACAGGAUGGAAGUUAAAGACUAAGACUGCGAACACAGGGGAAAUGUUGAACAAGCUCCACAGAGAUGAGACGUUGAAAGACUUCUAUGUGAUACGGGUCCUUAUAUAGUUCAGUGCUUCACGUUCAACUAUAACACGGAGCGACAGAAUGACAUCGUAGACUUCUCCAGCCUGGCCGUAUGAGCCCACGACUUGCUACAACUAGUCUGGCUUCUGGAAACUAAAUAAGCAGCACUGGAUGUCUGUGUGCAGUUUGUUUCUCGUCGUGCACUCUUCUUCUGUUCUUGUUCGCUAUCUAUCUUCAGACACAACUAUCUAUCAGUUCUAAAAAGUAAAAAGACUCUUCUGUUCUUGUUCACUCCGAGCAAGAGAAUCACCACAACAAGGA